AUGCCGAAUGGGCAGGAUCCAGGCAAAGGACCAGAAGUCUACCACCCACGACCUCCGGAAUGGCUACCGAAGGCGCAUGUCAGCGCAGACUUGGGCUACCUCGGUUAUGAUCCCCCGCGAAGAGGACAGGAUGAGGACCUCCUGACCGAGAAGAAUAUCAAAGACGGAUAUUCGGUCGCAAGUGCUGUUGGCGCGGAGACAUUCAGCGGCCAAGCGGUAGUAAAGCCCCGCUUACAAGACCCGAAUGCUUUGACGGAUCUGGAAAGCCUUAUGAAUCAAGUCUUGCGCCGUCGGGCGGAGAAAACGGAAGCGUUGCCGUCACCAAAGUUUCGGAUGCCUGGACGCGUGACCCAAACGGACACAAAGAAACAUCAAUGGCUUACCGACCUCGCUGAUCCUCUUAUCCCGCUGAACAAACUCGGAAAAUCUGUACCGCACGGAGCAAAGGGGGCGGAUUUGCUGGAUCUGCUGCACAACUACAAAGUGCCAAUAUCUCGCGCCGUAUGGUUCUUGCGUGUGUUCGGCGCGAACGAAACUGGCGCGCAACGAAACAAACCUUUCUAUAACCCUACGCAGUAUAGCGUGGACUGGGCCACGGUAGUCAACAACUACCUCAAGAAGCAACUCGACCAGAUCGCUUUGCCUAGCGCCCCUCGCCUCAGCCUUAAUAUCAAGCAUACGUUCAAAGGUGUUUUAGCCGAGCAGGACUCCCGCGACCGCUGGGUCAUGAAGUUUGUAUACAGCUUAGACCUUCUUCGGGUUUUCUAUUCAGAAGGACUUGUCGACAACCGCACAUUCCUAUGGUGGCUUGUCCAAAAUAUGGCCAACUGUAAUCUCGCACAAGCAACAUUCAUUGCGAUGAUGGCGGAUGAAUACUUAGAUGGCCUGCUUGUAACCCGUGCGCUGGCCAGACCAUUCGUUGAAGCGUGUUUAGGCCGACUCGCAGAGGUCAAUGUUUCAAUCGUUCGCGACGGCCUGGAUCAUCUUGAAGGUCUUCUCAUCUAUAUACUCCAGCGGUCAGCACUAGCAGCUCCUUCCGCAUUCGUCGGACCGCGCAUGUGGCUUCAAUACUCUGAAACUUUGGUUUCCGUGCUCUCCAAGGAUCUUACAAAUCGCAACUCUGAGCUACCGCCUGCCGCACAUGAGCUUGCUAGUCAUAUCCUAUCUGACAUCACCAUGCGAAACGAAUCGCUGCUCUUCCAUAAUUUGCCACCCCGAGUGCUUGCGAGCGUCGGCUCAGCGGUGUCGGAUGCGCAGCUCCUGAAUUCGAUCUGUGCCAGUACGAACAUGGAUUUCAUCUCCUUCCUGGAAGUUCAGGGCGAAGGCCAACUCGAUGGGGAGGCCGCUGGACGUUUCGCGUCAAAGCUGGAUACGCUGCUGACGUGGAGCGUAACUCGCCUGCAGUACGGAGAUCAUCGGACUUAUGCGGCCGUGACCAUCAUCUCGCGGUGGUACGAGCGCAUGGUAGAACGCGCCGCACGUCGGCUGGUAAAGUCGUCGCCUCGAGAAGCACUGCAGGAUUACCUCUUUGAUUGGUUGGAUAGCUCCGCUGCGGCAGCGGAGGUCGAAAAUCUACCCGCCAUUGCUCGUCUGUUCGGGGAGCUCGUCGAGAAAGGAUUGUUCUCACACUCUGCCUACAUCGAGCGUCUCAUCGCACGUGGGGAGAGAGGGCUAUCAUUCUCAACGGAACCGGGCUCUCGUCAUCGCCCUUUCCUGAGGUGGAUGCCUUUGCAUAGGUCCACUCCGGCACUCGUGAACCAGCGUAAAGUGGCCUUGCAUGGCGUGCGCGCCCGCGGAACGCCUGAGGAUGUCAACGAACGGGAGAUGCGGAAAGAGAUCAGGAUGGUUUUGACGGAGGUUUUUGGAGGCGAACCGCAACCCACGCCUACGUCUAUGGUAGCCGUGAUGUCCAUCUGCCCAACGCUCAGCACUGCACCUCGUUAUGACAACACCAUAACGUCGCCAGAAAACGCGGAGCAGACGAUCAGGACUCUCGGCCUCGCCAUCUGCCUCAUGGAACAUCUUGAUUGCUACGGGUCCAUACUCGACCUGAUCAUUGCCGCAAUCGAAAAUGCCACUACCAGCGAUGCUUUGAACGCGUCGAUCGAGACUCUGCGCAGGUUCGAGGACAUAUGGGUGGCUAAAAACGUCUGUCACCGGAUUGUGAACGCCUUGUACACUGCCCACGGCUACUGGAGGCAUCGUGGUGUUCAUCAUCGCCUGCUGCUGAGAUCCCUCGUAGAGAUGGACCAACAUGGUUAUCUAGACAGCUCCGCGAAGGAUCAGGUCACCACAGAUAUAAACGCCUUGGUUCAUGCUCUAGCACCUAUCGCAGAUCCUCCCGACGCGAAUGUGCCUGUCCAUCUUCCAGAGAUCCUCAUGCUCGCAGCGGACAGUCAUGCUGACGCCCCUUCAAUGCUUGCAAACAGCCUCUGGUUCAAAUAUCGUUCUGCUCGUGACUGGGCAUGGAAGGUCUGGGACAACACUGUCGCAAGCCUCCGUCAGCUCCCGGCACUGAUACCCGAUCGAGUCGAUCGUAGAGCUUGUGCCAUGCGUUACGCAUCGUUCCUGCUUGAUGUUGAUCAACACACCCCGUUUGGAUUUGACGAUCAAGUCUUACAUUGGUUUCUGGGAGCUGGUAAAACCGAACUUGCCGGCCUCACUGCGGAUGUCUGGGACGUCCUGAUCGUCGUCCUGGUUUCCCUAGCUAUGCAUGGGGCAUUGACGACGACCGGGAUUCUUCAAGGCGUCGUUUAUCCCACAUGGCAGGCAGCUGCAAAGGCUUCGUCGCAAGAUGACGGCUUACGGCUCUCAAUCACAUUAGAUGCUGUCAACGAUCUGUUCUCCAGGUUGAUGUUGAGCGAGGAAGCUAACAACGACGGAACCCCUCCCAUGGAUCUUGUGCAACUUCGCCGUAUCCAGGCUCGUCGGCAAGAAGUCCAUCGCGAUCCACAUUUUGAACAUCUGGUAUCGAAUGUCCCUGUCCUAGUGUUCAUGGAGCGAAACUACGAUCUCUCUGAACAUAUUCGUGCCACUUCAGCGUGGCUGCGAGUUCAGAUAUCCAGAGCUCCCGACUUUCGACAAGGUGCAUAUCGCAACCUGGACGCGGUGCAAAAAGCCUUUGCUCAGACCCUGGAAUCUGACGGCAUUGCCUCCAAACUCCAUCAGCCUCUCGUCAAUGCAUUGCGUUUGGUGUUCAACGACACGGAUGCCGGACAUCCCGAUUUCGCAAACACUUCCGGCGAAGAACUGUCGACCAGUUUGGAUACAACGGAUGCCGAAGGCUCUGAACUACAUGACAUCGCAUCGCUUCUGACUCCGUGGAAGAUAGCCGCCACAGGUAUCGUCCUACAAUUCACGCUUCGACAAUGGGGCGAGGAAUUGAGCGACCCAGCAAGUCAAGGCGCAGCGACCGCCAAACUGAAUAAAUUUAUGGGUCGCUUCUUCCACGUCCGCAUGACAUUUGAUCAAGCGGAUUUCAUCGCGGAGCUCGCCAAGGGAACUAGUCCGGCUGUAGUUGGAAGGUUCAUAAACAGCGGUCUUCGCUGCAUUACGGAGAUUCUCGCGAAUAACACUCUUCCCUUGCAUGGACAGCAAGCGUCGGAGAGUAUGAAGUGGGCUGGAGAUAUUAUGCGUCUCCUAUCAUAUAUGAUCUGCUCCUUGCGAGCCAAAGGACAUUUGACGCCUCCUCUUGACACCGAUACUCAGGAUACAUUCGUUCCCGCUUUGUGCUCUCGCUUUCAGGAGGCUCAAGCAAUCUUUGAGGGCCGGGUACCCGAGAUCUCGACGGAUGCAGAGCGACGUGCCUACACGCCAUGCACGAUUUUCCUAGCGCGAAUGCUGCAAUUUCACAUUGGACUUCCGAGAACGUGGACCUCAACGAUGCAAGAUAUUAUACCGCGACUGACUUCGACUCUAUUUUCGCUGAUGCUGUUGCAUGGUGGGGGGCCGUAUCAAGAUUUGGUCGCAUUCCCGUUGCUUUUGGACACCUAUCAGUAUUUGCUUGAUGAGAUUCCUGCCGACGGUGGCACAACGGAACCUUUCUCUCAUUACCCACGGAUGAGUAUGUCGGAUCUACCUCCCGCCAUGCCAGCCGAACUCUGCGCACAGAUACGCUUUCUGUUACCCUACGUCGACCAGAAUCCCGUCGUUGCAGAUCUCGUUCAAAUCUCUGGUGGCACGUCGUCGUGCACCGUGCCUGUACAAAACCGGCCAUGGGAAUGGAUCGAGCAUAUUGGCGAACCGUCGCCAGUGGAGUCCACGGUAGAUGACGAUCGGACGAAGGCGCGACAUUCAGUGAAGAAUUCGGCGUCACUCUCGCUGGAUCUUUUCGCCGCUCGUGCUACCGGAGAUGGCAUCCUCGGCGGCAGUUCUGUUACCGGGGGACGGAUUGAGGCGAAUCUCAGGUCCUUCGAGGACUCGCUGUCCUUGGAAAGCGUCUUCCGGCGCGACUGGCGCGAAACUCGCAUGGCACCGAAACCGCCCAUGCUUCUACGCCGUGGGGAGGAAGACGACGAGGUCGGUCCUCUCCACACGAUUCCAAAACGGAGCACGACGCACACCAACUCGCGAUCUGGCUCGAGGCGCACGUCGCCAGCCUCUUCUGCGCAUUCCCUCGGCUCGUUGCAGCGUUCAGGGUCAGGAUCUCUGCGACCGAGUCCCGCUCAAAAUGCCACCCCACGGCAAUCAUCGGGAACGAAACGCAAGCAGCCGCUAGAGAUUGGGGUCGCCGACAACGACAGUGACAUCGAGAUCUUGGACGGACCAGCACUAGGCGCCUCCACCCGUGCUUUAAAGAAGCCCAAGACCCAAGCUCCCUCCAAGGCGACGCGGGGAAAGAAACGAUGAGGCUAUGCGCCCUAUGACGUCAUUCAAUUGCCUCUCAUUUCCUGACAAUCCUCGCCGACGCUUUAUCACAUCUGCUGUUCAGCCAAGUUACCAGCACGACCAUGAGCGUUCCAUUGCUCCCCCUCUCGAACGUCAAACCUACUGUGCUUCGUAUCGCUGCGCACGGGGCCUUUCCAAACAGCAAUCCUUCCGGUCUGCCGGUCGUGCACUACAAACCUUUUGCAUCCGCUGGACCCCUGAACCCGUCGAGGAUCGAGGAGAUUGUGCGCAAAAACGGGUUCAAGCCAGCGUGGCGAUACGGGAUGUAUGAUUUCGACCACUUUCACUCGACGACGCACGAGCUCUUGAUCCCGUACGCCGGCCGCGCCACAAUCAUGCUCGGCGGCGGGCAACGGCUUGAUAUCAAAGCGGGCGACGUACUUCUCCUACCCGCGGGCGUUGCACACCGCGCCGUCUCCUCCGAAGGGGGUUUCACCAUGGUGGGUUCGUAUCCUGCCGGAUCGAAGGGUUGGGAUACAUGUUAUGGCGGUGAGGCAAAUGUAGAGGAGAGGAUCAGACAGCUGGGGAAGGGCGGCGUCGUAAUGGAUCCGGUGUACGGCAAGGAAGAGGGCUCACCGGUAGCCCAGGCAUGGGGUCUCAAAGACAAUGAUUGAGCGCGGUUCACUCGAAGAUAAUACAACCUGCAGUUACUGCCUACCGCCAUCAGGCAUUGCAGCAUGACAACCUCCUUACUGUCAUUUUCGAUGAUUUAAGUAUAGGUCUUGACUAGUGGCUUGCUGUUAUGCCUCACUAUUGCUGUGGAUGUCGCUGGUGCAUACCUAUGUACACCGUGGAGAAAUAAUAUAGACAAUAAUUAUGCAUGCUUGAGUUCCAGGUAGGCAUAGCCCUCUUCAAGCAUCAAAGCCAAAGAAACGAUCCCAGAUAUGCCGAUCAGGUUUCGUGCCUGUGUCUGGACUGGCAUCUCCAGAUGCAGCAGCAAUGCUCCUCCCGAUGCUCUUCAGGGCGAACACCUCCGAAGGCUUGUGCUUGACGUCCGCCCUGCAGGUCGGGCACGUAUAUUGUGGCCCUUUUUGUCGUUCCCUGAGGCCCAGGAUGUACAAUCGCUCCUGCUCGAGGUAAUGCCUGAACUCCUGCAGACGGUACCUCGUGGCGUCGUCGAGCGCGCGAUGCUGUUGAUGUUGCACCAUAGACAGGUGACGUAGGACGUGUUCA